UCAGUCAGCGUUAACCUCCUGCGCCGAGUGGACGUCCGUGCAGUGUGCUCUCCGCUUAAGACGCUACUCUUUCGCGACCCGAUAUCACUGGUUGCAGGACGCUGAACGAGGACUCUGUACCAGCACCCAGCGCCAGCCGCCGAGCAGCACAAACGCACAACGUCAAGGUCCCUGUGAUGGCGGUGUGACGCCAUGCGGCACGUGCUGUGGCUGUGCGCUGUGCUGUUGUUGGCGGCCCUGCCGCGCCUCGGGAGCGCCGGCGUCGUCGCCCGCCUGACGGACGCGCCCGUCGGCGCCGACUGGCUGCCGCAGCCCGACGAGGAGCGCGACGAGGCUGACCGGCCGCGGCGCAUCGUGCCCAAGUCGCUGUUCGUCGCGCCCGGCCGCCAGUCGCAGCCCUGCUCGCCGGGCUACCGCUCCGACGGCAAGGGCCGCUGCGUCAAGUUCCUCUGGGUCGACCGCAGCGUCCACCUCAGCUUCCUCAUCAGCCAGCUCAACGGCCAGUUCGGCGGCGGCGGACCCGGCACCUCGGCGAGCAAGAUCUCCGACGACAUCAACAGGGUGGACCGCAGUCCGCUCAGGGUGACCCUCGGCAUCGCCACUGAGACCAUCACCACUCCCGAUGCCAGUGUCGAGGGGGUCGCCGCUUGAAGCUCCGACUUAUUCGGUGAACGAUGUGUCGAACAGAACCCAGUGAAAUAACUCACUGUUUUACAGUUGUCCACCAGUUUUACAGGCAUCUCUUGUUGAGAGACGGUAACAAUAAUAUUCUUCCAGCAGUAGUCACAAAUUGCUGCUGAACUCUAGUCCACAUUUAAUUUAUAGAGGACGACACUUUGACAGUGUUCGUGUGUAUAGAAAAGAAAAGGUUAAUGACCAGUCAAAAGUAUUACAGACUGAAUGUAAUGAUACAAUCAUGUUAUACACUGUAAGGCACAAUAGUUCCGGCUUUUAAAUAUAUAGUCUUAGAUAAAUUAUAUAUAUAUAUAUAUAUAUAUAUAUAUAUAUAUAUAUAUUAAACACAGAUAGCUGACGGAUAAAAAAGCGACUAUCUAUCAGAACAUAUAAAACAUGGGAGAAAAUGCAGUAGCAUUCUUCUCGAUAAUUCUAAUUUCAUCAGUAUUGUCAAUAUGGUGCUUCUGUUUCUUAGGUCCACUAGUCAGUCGUUUCUCAUCAUUCAAGAGAGUGAAACCUGUUUUCUUACUGUAUGGAACAUAUUCAUUUCUUAGUAAUUAAGUUUCUCUAUUUUAUAAUGUGUUGUUAUAUUUAAUUAUGUUUUGAAGUUGAAAUAAAAGUUUUCUUUAUUA